AGAGUCAUCAUGCCAAAAGGUGCAAGAGGAGGUCGUGGACGUGGAGCCAGUAACCGGGGUGGAAAGGGCUCAGGUCGCCAUACAGCCAGACUGAAAAAAUACAGUGAAGAUCGGUUUGCUAACCAUUCAGUACCAGAAACCAGGAAUACUAGUUCUGAUUGUGAUUCUGAUGAUGCAAACAAAGAUGCCUACUAUUAUCCAGAAAACUUUCCCUGUGAUAUAGCCAUGUGGGACCUCGAGCACUGUGAUCCUAAGAAAUGUAGUGGCAGAAAAUUGGCCCGUCUAGGAUAUGUCCGAACUUUGAAAUUAACACAAAGGUUUAAUGGUAUAAUCCUGUCUCCCAUGGGUACCAAGUGUGUUUCUCCAUCUGACAAACCAAUCAUCAAUGAAUAUGGUGUAGCAGUCAUAGAUUGCUCCUGGGCUAAGCUAGAAGAUACACCAUUCACCAAGAUGAAAGGGAGUAACCCAAGACUCCUGCCGUAUCUCGUAGCAGCCAAUCCCAUCAACUAUGGACGUCCUUGUAAACUGUCUUGUGUUGAGGCCUAUGCAGCUAUUUUCUACAUAAUAGGGGAAAAACAACUUGGAGACAUUCUACUGAAGCAGUUCAAGUGGGGCAGAGUGUUCUUUGAACUGAACAAGGAGCUAUUAGAUCUUUAUGCUGCCUGCAAGAGCAGCCAAGAUGUAGUAGAAGCACAGAAGAAAUACCUGGAAACCAUAGCAGAGGAGAGCCAAGCUGCAAAGCUUGAAGAUCCUUUUGCCAUAGACUCUGAUGAGGAGGUCCAUAAUCUCAAUAGGAAUUAUGAUCUUCCACCAAGUGACAAGGACGAGUCAGACGAGGACACAGAAGAGGAGGAAUCUGAAGAUGGGACUGUAGAAGAGGAUGCAGAAGAAGAGGAUGUAGAGAAUGAUGUACAUAUAAAGGACAAAUCAGUUGAUGAAACUAACCAAUUGCUUAAAAAAGAAUCUGCCGAUAAUGAUGUAUCAGACAACGUGAUCAAUUCAGAACAGUGCCCUGUCAAUGUGGAGGACUUAAAUGCUCCCUUGGACACCAAUUCUUCUCCCUCAAAUACUAAUUCUGCUCCCUCAAAUUCAAAUUCAUCUCCCUUAGGCCUAAAUUGUGAUACAAAUGAACACCAAAGUGGAGCAUGUUCACUACCAAGUCAAGAUAUAGAGGGAGCUAGUAUAGAAACAGGUUUUGGACACAUGGCCAUAAGUGAAAGGCAGCCAGAACCAAGUGCAAUAAAUAAGGAUAAAACAUUCAAUAGUACCCUAAACACAAAUUCUGGAAACAAAAAUAAAACAUCAGUGUUACAAGAGGAUCAGUUUGAAGAUGCUGAUUGAAAUGAAAAAUCUGAAAAUAUAAAUGAUAAUUGAAUAUUCUAUAUUUGUAUUGUAAUGUAGUUUAUGCUUAGCCGGAUUCAGAAUGUUUACUGU